CCGCCGUGCCUUGCACCUGUCCAUAUACACGACACCUGCCUCCCUCCCUUCCUGCCCCUGCGCUGCCCUGCAUAGCACUGUACAUUGUUGCCCGGAGCCCGCAUCGCGCAUCUGACCUCGGACCUGUCGGGGCUGUGCAACGCUCCUGACGCAUUCAUAGAACAGAGGCCAGCUCGCCAAAAAGUUUGGAGAGUUUGACACCAUGGCCGUCCUCAAGGAACCCAUCAACGUCCACCGCCCAGCGUCGCAGCACCGCCACUCGAGCACCGUGGCCGGCUCCCUCCCCAAGUCGCGCCCGCACUCGCACUCGCACUCGCAGUCCGUGGGCAGCAUCAACCCGGCCCACCGCGUCACCCGCCGCAAGAGCAUGAGCACGACCGCAGGUAGCAAUGUGUCCGCCAUGGCUGCCGUUGCGAAGGGCAUUGCGGGCGCGCCGCUGGUCGAGCAGUCGCACCACAACCCAGCACGCAGGCCCUCGAAGCCAGCGAUGCAGUUCCGCGGGCCCGGCCUGGUGCACUCGCAGUCCAUGGCUGCCAGCAUAUCGCACAAUGGCUCGCCCUUCAGCUACAGCGCCGCCAAGAGCGAAGCUGUCACCGACGGGCCUGCGCUGGCGUCGCUCCCAGAGAGCGAGCAGGGCAACUCCAAGUCGCGCAUGCGCCGCGCGAGCGAGGGCUCCCGUCUGGCCAAGGGCGAGGGCAAGCGCACAAGUGGUAGCGAAUUGAGAUGUGAAAAAUGUGGGAAAGGAUACAAACACAGCAGCUGUCUGACCAAGCACCUUUGGGAACACACUCCGGAAUGGCAAUACACGUCCAAGCUGCUCAUCUCCAAGCACCAGCAGGUCCAGCUGCUCGAGGCCGCCUCUGUCCUUGUCGCCAUGAACAAGGAGAGUGACGACAGCGACAACUCGGCCUCGCCCCCGGCCUCCGGCUCGUCCGAUCUGCGUGACGAGCUGAGCUCCACUGAAACUACCCCGCCCCCGCACAUGGACGACCACGCCGUGGGCUCCUAUUCCUCGCACUCGCACUUUGGCCAGCGCUCCAUCAAGCGCUACUCGGCCAACAGCUCUGCUUACAGCCAGUCGUACCAGUCCACCAUCUUCUCUGAUAACAGCAACGGCCACUACCGCCACUGGAGCAACGUGUCUGACCGACCCACCACCUCCGGCACCUCGGUUGCAGGCUCGUACCCUGACGAUGGCAACACCGACCAGGACAUGGCUGCCGCUGUCGGUCUGCUGAGCUGCUCGUACGGCACACCGAAGUCGGGUGCCGUGAACCUGCCGCCGGACGUCCCGCCCGUGCCGCCGCUGCCUGCGAAGUUCAUGGACUUCCACAGCGCGCAGUCCCUCUCUGGUAACACAACGGUAACGCCGCAGCAGAGCAGCAUGCGCAACAGCUACCGCUACCACGAGAGCAAGGACAUCGACAUGGAUGACGAUCACUUCGCCGAUGAGGAGGACUACCGCCAGUCGAACUCUCGCAGCCGCGGCCGCGCAGACGAAGACGACGAUGCCUUCUUCGGUAGGAUGGAGGAGUAACCGUUCGUUGCGCCUUGGCUGUUCCUUCCACCUCUCAUCAUCCCACCCAUUGUUAUCCAUCAUUCCUGUUCCCGGCCUGUACCACAACGAUAUUAGCCAUUUAGCGAUCUGUCUCCGCAGACGUUCUGCCUGGCCGCCGCGGUUGUUUCCGCAGCACCGAUGAGAGGGACGUCCCCAUGCCUUACUCCAAGGUAACGGUGUCGAGCUCUUGAGGUUAAAGCUGCGGAUCCCACCUAGCUCAGAUCCAGUCAGAUACACCUCGCGUUUUUGCGUCUUGCGUUGAGAGCCUAGCACAUCCGGAGUCUUUCAUCUUUUUC